CCCGCCCCAGUGCUCAUGCGCCCCGGGAGACGUUUAAAGGGGGCGCGGCGGCUGCUGCCGAUUGUACAGCUCCGUGGAGGGGACGGUAGCCCACGACAGUGCAGCUCAGUGGUCAAGCUGUGCUGCCUUGUGCUGUGCUGUUCGCCUCUGCUCUCCUCUGCUCUCGGCUUCCCCGGGGCACGGGCGCGUCUCGCCGCCAUGUGGUUCGCCCCACUUCUCCUCGGCGCCUUCCUGCUCUCCAGCCCCGUGCGCGGGAGCGACGGCUCGGCUUCCACUGCUAUCACCUGCUUUACAAGAGGACUGGACCUUAGAAAGGAGACAGAAGAUGUCCUUUGCCCAGCAAACUGUCCUCUAUGGCAAUUUUAUGUCUUUGGGGAUGGAGUUUAUGCCUCUCUUUCCAGUGUCUGUGGAGCUGCCAUACACAGGGGGGUGAUCACCAAUGCAGGAGGAGCUGUGAGGGUACAGACUCUCCCAGGACAGGAAAACUACCCUGCUGUGAAUGCCAAUGGGAUCCAGUCUCAGGUGCUCGCUAGAUGGGCUUCAUCCUUCUCAGUUACCCGUACCAAGAACACAGCACUUGAAUCAGUUGGACGUUCGGUCUCAACAGCACGUCCUUCUACAGGUAAAAGACCUAAGAAGCCACUUGAUAAAAAGGCUGGGAACAAAGACUGUAAAGCUGAUAUUGCAUUUCUCAUCGAUGGAAGUUACAACAUCGGCCAACGUAGAUUUAAUUUGCAGAAAAACUUUGUUGGAAAAGUAGCUGUGAUGUUGGGAAUUGGAACAGAAGGGCCUCACGUAGGAGUUGUACAGGCCAGUGAACAUCCAAAAAUUGAAUUCUAUCUGAAAAACUUCACUGCUGCAAAAGAAGUUUUGUUUGCCAUAAAGGAAUUAGGGUUCAUAGGAGGCAAUUCUAAUACAGGGAAAGCAUUGAAGCACACAGCUCAGAAAUUCUUCUCUUUGGAAAAUGGAGCACGCAAAGGAAUUCCCAAGAUCAUUGUAGUGUUUCUAGAUGGCUGGCCCUCAGAUGAUAUAGAAGAAGCUGGCAUAGUGGCCAGAGAAUUUGGAGUCAACGUAUUCAUUGUAUCUGUGGCAAAACCCACAACAGAAGAGCUGGGAAUGGUACAAGACAUUGGUUUUGUUGACAAGGCUGUUUGUCGAAACAAUGGCUUCUUCUCUUACCAAAUGCCCACCUGGUUUGGUACUACCAAAUACGUAAAACCUCUUGUCCAAAAAUUGUGUUCACAUGAGCAGAUGUUGUGUAGCAAGACGUGCUACAACUCGGUCAACAUCGGUUUCUUGAUCGAUGGUUCCAGCAGCAUCGGAGAAAGCAACUUCCGCCUUGUGCUGGAAUUCAUCAGCAACGUUGCAAAGGCUUUUGAGAUCUCUGACAUCGGCUCCAAGAUUGCAGCUGUGCAGUUCACGUACGACCAGCGUACCGAGUUCAGCUUCACCGACUACACCACGAAAGAAAAGGUCCUCUCGGCUAUCCGGAACAUUCGCUACAUGAGCGGCGGCACUGCGACUGGCGAUGCCAUUUCUUUCACAACCAGAAAUGUGUUUGGGCCAGUGAAAGAUGGAGCUAACAAAAAUUUCCUUGUUGUUUUGACGGAUGGUCAGUCUUAUGAUGACGUUAGAGGGCCCGCUGCUGCUGCACAAAAAGCAGGAAUAACUGUCUUCUCUGUUGGUAUUGCCUGGGCACCUCUGGACGAUCUGAAAGACAUGGCUUCUGAACCAAGAGAGUCUCAUACUUUCUUCACGAGGGAGUUCACAGGACUGGAGCAGAUGGUUCCUGAUAUUAUUAGGGGCAUCUGUAAAGAUUUUUUGGACUCUAAGCAAUAAAGCAAAAAAAUCUUCUGUUGGAUAUUACUACUUUGAAACCAAGAAUCAUGAAACUGAAAUGGUCUCUCUGAAGUACAGAUGUUUUAUUCUUACAUAUACUAUCUUAAUGCAAAGGGAGAGGAAGGGCUACUUUUUGGUUUUGUAGUGUGUCAAGGAUUCUCGUGAGCUUGUUUAGAAGUAUAAUACUUAAUACUGGAAUGCAGAAGGUGGCCAACAGCUAUUAUUUUCAAUACAUAUAUAGUAUCCCAAAUUUUAAAGCUAUGCAUAUUGUGCACUUAAGGCUCUCAGAUAUCAGCAGAGGAAACAAUGCAGCUCUGACAUUUUUGCUGUCACUUGCUAGAUGUCUUCUUAUGAGUUAAAAAUAAUAUAAUUUUAAAUACACAGUGCUAUGUUCCAUAAGCCUUUUGUAGCUUACGAUUCUGUAUCUUUUGAAGGAGUUCUGCUGAUAGCGCGCAGUACUUUCUGUACUUCAGUUGUGCAACAUCCAUUAUUGCCAGGCAGUUUAAGGAAAGUUAUGACAGAUUGUAGCUUAACAGUCUAUUUUUACUAAUUGAGGUUUUGCUAUUGUGAAUGAUAUUGCCAUCUGGUUGGCGAAGUUUACAUGAAAAGACAUUUAACUUCUAACCGCAGAUUUUUGUGGAUUUAUGUAGUUUGGUUCUUUCGGCACAGAUUUUGAAAGGUACUUAAGGCACAGUAGCUCUUUUUGAGGAUCUGGAUCCUAACAUACUAGCUGACACUACUGCUUCCCAUACCACUCAAGUCAACAGUGAUAUUCCUAAUACAUCUGAUAACCAGAUUUUUCCCCUCUACUGCCUUGUACUGUCUUGAAUUUAAGAAGUUGUUAUUGGCUAGACAGAGACAGGAAUCUUUGCCCAAGAGAUUAACUUGAACCACACACUGGGAAUGGAAAGCAUUCAAAUUCAAAUCCAAAGGUAUCAUCUCAAACCUUGAAACCUAACUGGUUUAUAUCAGAUUACAUGGCUAGAAGAGAGUGGGCAGACAUGUGUGAUUCACUAGCUCACAGAAUAACAGCUUUCUAUGCUAGUAAAAACAUCUUUACAGAUGUGUAAGGUUCUCUGAAGACGAAUGGUUUUCUUGAAAAAAAAGAGUUUAAUUAUGUACUUGGUAAUGUUUUGAUAUAUUUAUACCUAUAUGUGUGUGGUUAAAAUGAUGCAAUAUUCAUGGAGUUUUUCUCAAGUAUUCUUUAGAAAAUAAAGGGGUUUGCAAGUAAAAUACAUAUUAAUAGCAGAAACCAAACCAGCACUUUCCCUAUCAAUUUAGGGUUUCCCUUUUUUCUUCCCCUCCACCUCCACUAUUGAUGAUUGUAAAAUGUGUAAUAGUUAUGGAGUGGCACAGAAGGGAUUGUAUUCAUCAGGCUUUUAUUGUGCAUUUUUUAACUUAUGACUGGCUAUAUAUUACACUAAACAUGAAUGGCAAAGAUGCCUUGUAUUUUUCUAUUAAUUGUUAUCCUUAAUUUUGUUAAGUGUUUAUAGAUAAGAGUAUUCAGCUAUUGCUGUAUAAAUUCAUAUGCAAUAUCAACUGUGUCCAAAAGUUUAAUUCAUUUAGUUUUUAAACUUUUUAUAGAAAUAUAUAUUGCAAGAAAACUGGGA